ACUCGACGGACUCGACUGGCAAAUGAAGCGCCAGCUUAUUGUUGUAAUUACUAUCUGUGCGCGCGCCGCAGCGCUCGCGCCGCAGCGUGCACGCAUACGUACGCGCUCGGUGGCAAGACCCGCGACAGCAUACCUCGCAACACUCUCGGCACCGGUCGUCGACGACUCGACGGUCGCCGCGGCCGUAGACGUGACCGCGGCCUAUCUCAACUCGCUCGCCGCAGCGCCUGCGAGCCUCAAUUCGGCGCGGCCCGCCAUCAACGAGGUGCUCAAAUCGAGGGUAGAUCCGGUCGCGGACGCGAAACAGAGACUGCUCGCGGCCUGCGACGCGUUCGAGGCGUCGCAGCGCGCGGCGGCCGCGGCGGCCGAAGCUGCGGCCGCGGCCGCGCCGCCGCCGAAGAAAAGAGGCUUUUUCCGGCGCGGCGAUAAAAACGCGCUCAAAGCCGAGAGCUACGCGUCCGUCGAGACGACGGUGGACGACGCCUCGGCGGCGCAACGCGACGCCGUCGUCGCGGCGCUCGAGGAGCUCGCGCGCCUGAGUCCGCCGACGAAGGCGCUGGACGGGUGGCGGGGACGCGGCGGCGUCGCGCCGUCGGCCUGUCCGCUCGACGGCCGCUGGAAACUACGGUUCACGAACGCCGCUGACGCGCGCUUUCGGAGCGACGCGGAGACGAGCCAGCACAUCGACGCGGAGAAGGGGCUCUUCGUCAACGCCGUGGACUUCACGGGGUCGUCCGGCAAGCUCCGAGGCUUCCGCGUGGAGGUCGACGGCGAGGCCUUGAGCGACACGGAGGUGCAGCUAGCGUUUCGGAGAGUGCGCCUCCUGCGGCGGUCGCGGUUCCCGAGGCUCUUCGGGACGAUCACGAUCCCGCUGCCGAACCCGGCGCGGCUCCGCAAGCUGACGAAGUGGCUCGCGCGCGGCUCCGGCAACCAGUCCUCCCGCGGCGCCGGCUUCGAGAUCGUCUACAUCGACGAGGACGCGCGCGCGCACCGGACCUUCGACGGGCUUUAUUUCGUCCAGACGCGCGUUGCAUAA